AAUUGUAUUUAGUUUUUUCCGUGUAUCAAAUCCGAAUACAUCCCACUAAUGCAAAAGUGCGUUCGCUCAGAGCGCAUAAUAAAUGUAAUUUAUAAAUAACCAUUAAAAUAAUUUUAAUAUAAUUUAAUGAGUGAAAUGUCGAAAUAUGUUAGUUCUGUCUGUCGUGAAUCUCCUUCCUAUUAUUGCAACGGUGACUACAAUAACUCUCCAAUAUCGGAUUUAAGUGCUUUUGAUUACUCCAACAUAAAAUGUGCCGGUGAAAUAUAUUCAUCUACCAAUCAUCUUAAUUUUAUUCCACAUCCAACGGUUCGAACUAUUAAAAAGAGAAAUACAGCUAAUAAAAAAGAACGAAGGAGAACUCAAAGUAUUAAUAAUGCAUUCUCUUGUCUACGCGAGAGAAUACCAAAUGUUCCUUCUGAUACCAAGUUAUCUAAGAUAAAAACAUUAAAGUUGGCAAUAUUAUACAUAAAUUACCUAGUGGGCAUUAUAGAUGGAGAUCAAGAUCCUAAAAGCGUAUUCCAGGCAGAGUUAAAGCUGCCAAGCCGUAAAGUCUACAUAGACAGAGAGCAGAAGAAUGAGAAUGAUUGCAUAUCAGGAAAAGGUCGUACAGGAUGGCCACAAGAUGUAUGGGCAUCAGAACUUAUUCCUGAACAAAACUGAAUAAAUACAAAGACCAAAUACAUUUUGCAACUAAAAAUCGCUCUAUUCUUCUAAUGGCUUUAGAUAAUAAUCUGAAUGUCGAAAACUUUAUCUCGCCAAAUUGUUGAAAUGCUUUGGUCCAUAAUAAAAAUUAUAUUAAUACUCAAAUAAAGUAAUAAAUUA